AUGACCCUUUUUGGUAAAGGAGAGAGCAUAGCCUCUGAAUUUCUUCCCGGACCGAUCUAUGACCUCAAUCAAACUGGUGCUCUAGUACCAGGCCCCGGUGCGAAGUCAGCCUUGGUCAGUGUUUUAGGAGGAGGUCUUCCCAAAUUGACUUCCGAUCAAGAAGAAGCUGUUAAAAAGGCAAAAAAAUACGCCAUGGAGCAAAGCAUUAAAAUGGUUUUAAUGAAGCAAACUUUAGCACAUCAACAGCAGCAAAUGGCAAGUCAAAGAAAUCAAGUUCAAAGGCAACAAGCACUCGCACUUAUGUGCAGGGUUUACGUGGGGAGCAUAAGUUUCGAAUUGAAGGAGGAUACUAUACGUCAAGCAUUUUUACCAUUCGGACCCAUAAAAUCGAUAAACAUGUCGUGGGAUCCCGUGACUCAGAAACACAAGGGAUUCGCAUUUGUCGAAUACGACAUACCGGAAGCGGCUCAAUUGGCACUAGAGCAAAUGAACGGGGUUAUGAUCGGAGGGCGGAAUAUCAAGGUGGGACGACCCAGCAACAUGCCACAAGCUCAAGCGGUUAUAGAUGAAAUAACAGAAGAAGCCAAGCAUUACAAUAGAAUCUAUGUUGCAUCGAUACAUUCUGAUCUUACAGAGCAGGACAUACAAAGCGUGUUUGAGGCAUUCGGAUCUAUUAAAUAUUGUAAAUUAGCUCAAGGGCAUGCUCCCAACAAACACAAAGGAUACGGUUUCAUCGAAUACGAAACAUUACAAUCUGCACUCGAAGCGAUAGGAUCAAUGAAUUUAUUCGAUUUAGGUGGUCAAUAUCUGCGUGUCGGCAGAGCAAUCACACCACCCAAUGCUUUAGCUGGACCUUCGACACCCGGAGCAGGUGCCAUGCCUACGGCGGCUGCCGUAGCCGCCGCAGCUGCAACUGCUAAAAUUCAAGCCAUGGAUGCCGUCGCAAGUAAUGCUGUAACUCUAGGAUUAGCUAAACUAGGAACGCCUGUCAGUGCCAUGAUACCGAAUAUACCGACCUUGCCUCCGACUCUGCCAGUUCCGGGUAUCGCAACAAUCCCUGGUCUGCCAACCGUGUCUCCCAUGGUCAUGCCUCAAACGGCGUUUGCCCAACCGGGAGCGAUCAUAUCUCCCCCGGGUCUCGCCGUGCCUCAAAGAAUAAUAGGUGCUCCGCAAAUAGCGCCCCCCAUAGUGGUGACUCCAACCGUCGUCGGUCAGCCCAUUGUAAAUAAUGUGAGUAGUCCUCAGGAUGCUCUUCGUCGGGCUCACGAGCAAGCUCAGCAAAAGCAACAGGAGGAGUUGCAAAAGAAAUUGCUCGACGAAACGGAACCUCAAACCCUGUCGCAACAGGAAAACAUGUCAAUUAAGGGACAAAGUGCUAGACAUUUAGUUAUGCAAAAAUUAAUGAGAAAAGUCGAGAGUAAAGUGAUUAUGUUACGAAACAUGGUCGAACCGCAGGAAGUUGAUGAAACUUUACAAGAGGAAAUACAAGAUGAGUGUAGUAAAUAUGGCGUCGUUGAAAGAGUUAUUAUUUAUAACGAAAAACAAUCGGACAAUGACGAUUCGGACAUUAUAGUUAAAAUUUUUGUUGAAUUUUCUAGAACAUCCGAGGCUGAAAGUGCUCGCGAUGCAUUAAACGGAAGAUAUUUCGGUGGUCGUUUAGUUAAAUGUUCUCUAUACGACCAAGUUUUAUUUGAUCAUAGUGACUUUUCAGGGUAA